AUGAGCACAGAGCAACGAACACACCUGAAGUUUCUGGUCCGGUUGGGGAAAACUCCGUCAGAAGCGCUGGGAUUUCUGCAGCAAGUGUACGGAGAUGAGACGAUGUCACACUCAGGGGUUUUUGAGCGGUGCAAGAGGUUUACGGAGGGACGCCAGGAUGUGGAAGACGACCCAGGAGAGGAAAGCCUUCGACGAGCAGGAUCCAACGUUGAGCAGAUGCUGGACGUGAACCGGGACAACGUCACUGAAGAUUUGGGCAUGAGGAAAGUCUGCGCAAUGGUGGUGCCGAAACUGCUGAAAGAUGACCAGAAGGAUCGACGCAUGCAAGUGUGUCAGGACAUCCUCGAGUGUCUGGAAACCGAACCGGACCUGCCGGUGAUGAGUCAUGGAUCUUCGAGUACAACCCGGAGACCAAACACCAGAGCCUUGAGGGGAAGAGUCCGACGUCGCCAAGGCCGAAGAAACCAAGACACUCCAAGUCCAAAGCCGAAGUCACGUUGA